AUGGUGAUGAGGGUGAAGAAUGUCAUGAGGUAUUAUCAUCACAAGACUGUUCACCUCAAUGGCAAGGAUGACAAUGUUUUGGCCAUCCAAAAGAGUCUCAGUAUUCCAGCUUUGAAAGAUGAGAAGGGUGGCUUUAGGGCGAUGAUGCAGCAUAUGCGACAUUUCCCCUGGAACCUGAUGGUGAAUGAGGACAAGGACAAUCCUUCAUGGUCUGCCUUUCUGAUUGACCUUGAUCUAGCAAUCAAGACACAACAGGAUGAUUCCUCUGGCGCGCAGGGCAAGACUGGCCCAAGAAUGUUCAUGGCCAUUGGUGUCUUGUAUGGUGAAAAGCAUUGUUUCAUGCAUGAUCUGGAAUCAUUCUUCUGGGUCCUGUUCUGGAUAUGCAUUCACUAUGAAAGCCCAGGGAAGGGAAGCACUGUCGAGCGUUUUGAGAAAUGA